AUGGAGUCUCCUCGAAUCUUUCCAUUCGUUCGACCGUGGAGAAACUCCACAAAACAGAAGAGCAACAAAAGGUGUAGCCUGCCUCCGCCACCCGAACUCGGGUGUAGUCUCUUCCACAAUCAUGUUCAAAAAGAUAUCGGUUUGAUGAACUUGACCCGCGGAAGCAAUAUCUCGGAAUCAUCAGAGAAUGUGAAGGACAAAGAGAACAAGGGCAUCAGACUGCAGGAGAUGUUGAUCAAGAUGGAAGAGUCCCUAGGACUGGCCUUAACUAGCGGAGCCAAAGAAAAGUCCAUCCAAUAUCCACCAUCUGCAGGACCAGUGGAGAGCGCCAGAAUGUCUCCAACAAACCGCCAUCAAGGAACGGUAUCCUCCAUCUCCAUACCUAAGCAAACAUCGCCCGAGCCAUCCACACAAACUUGGACUGUUUUUCCUCGGGAAUCACGACGAACAAUCAUUGCCGUCGACACAGCCGUCUCUUCUGAUGACGAAGAGUCGGACCUUUGGCCUUUACCUGACAACCAGCCAUCUACUGUACCACGCUUCAGCGCAGCCCUACCCCGUUUCUUUCCCGAACUAUCCUUUACCGAUUUCGUAUCUGUGUCUUCGAUAGGAGCUAGUGCUGCUGCCCAUCAGCAAAGCACGGGGCUAAUCGGGUUCUCGUCGAAUUUUGAGACAGAACUCCGCGAGCGGGUUCAAACCCUCUACAAGGAUUCGGCUAAUGCUGUCGAUAUACUAGCCACAGACGUGAACAAAGCUCUGAAACAAAAGACAGCAACUUCGGUGCCGGGCUCCGGGGAUUUAUUUGACUGCGUCUCGUCUUGCUAUAGUAGCCGGACUUCUAUCGCGAGUGUUGAGACAGAAUGCUUCACGCCAGCCACAAAAGAACCUCAUCGAUACUCCAUUCUGUCACCCGUUGCGGCUGGUGUCUUUGACGAUGCUGUUUCGGCGUGUUCUUUGCGAGCUCCGACAUUCGUCCCGCCAGGACCGACUGAAUCGACAUCUAGCAAAGGUUAUGCGUCAGGCUCUACCUAUCCAUCGUGCUCAAUGUCGCCAUCUCGACGCGCCUCGAUUUUCUCGAAGCUAUCGUUUAACGACAUCAAGAACAAGCCUCUCCCUCUCGAGCCCGGUGAAGAGCCCGGUCCGCUAGCCAUGCACCGCAAUCACUACGCCCCCCUAUCUGCAACAACGGUAGCUUCGCAAUCAUCUGGAUUUCACUCGACCUAUCAUCACCACGAGUUGAACCUCAAGACAACAAGCAUGCAGCGAAAUAAAUCUGGGAAAGCAUGUCAUAUAUGUGGAGAGUGCAGUGAUCGUGAUCCCAGUCAAUCUCUCUCGGGCGGUCGCAUUGAGCGGUCAGAAGCCAGCAAUGGCCAGCGUCUGCGCCAUAUUCUAACAUUAGCGCAAGCCGCAGUAGAACUGGAAUAUGGCCUAGCCGACCUUACAAGAGACCCACAUAUCCAGCGACGGACUCUACUAGUGCUAGAUGGACCGCUGCAGAUCAGUCGGCACAGUGGCGACCUAGUCGCGACGCGACCGGCGCCAGCGCCCCCUCGACGAAUCCACACUCCAAAAUGCACCCACUUCUUGCACGCUCAAGUCUUUCCGCGCAACCAGAAGAAGUUGUCACCUCCCCUCCUCGACAAGGAUUCCAAAACCAAACGCGAGGACCCGUCGAAGACACAUAAAACUCCCAAACCCCGAGACUUCAAAGUUAAAGGACGAGGCCGAACGGCGACCGAUAAACCGUUCACCAUGGCCAUGCGAUUCUUCAGGCGCAGGAACAACACUCGGGCGCCGAACCUGGAAGAACCCCGUCUAAGCGUUGUGCUGGGUUUACGGCCGGAGACCUCCCAGCCAAACCCACACGCACAUAUACCAGCCGAGGCCCACCUGGAUAGGCGCCCACGAGUAUCACACUCGAAUCCCAAUUUGGAUUUAAAAUCGGACUUAGAUCUAGAUGCAGGCACACCCUCCAAGGGUCACGAUUUGCGUCUGCACCUCCCACGAUCGCGGACUCAGGAUCUCGGCUUUGGAAAUGCUAUCGGACUGCUCAGCAUCAAGGAAGAUCUCCCCAUUCAAAACAACCCCAGCCCGUGCCAGGGGUCUUCCCCUCGUUCUGCAUCCUCGGCCCCACAUCGCAACAUCACCAUCCCCACCCCGCGCAGGCGACUGCCUCGCCAAGUGGCGAAGGCAAACCAAAGGCUGCGGCACACGCAGGCCUGUCUCGACUGCGCAGCCGAGUACUAUCCAGCUUCCAGCAGAGCGUAUCUACGAGCUCCCAGCAACGCCGCCCUCACCGCAAUCAUUGUUGUCAGCAUGUUCAUGGAGCGGACACACAUACCCGUCGACUUGCUCGUUAGAUUGCUGGACCGUUUGAUCAUGCCGAUCAUGGCGCAUAUCGAUUCGAUCGAUUCGCUAGACGACCUGUUCAAUUUCGUGCUUUCAAUCAGCGCUUUCACAAAAUUUUCAAGCGUUACGAUAUGA